GAAACAACAAAAAAACAACACAGAAUAAGCAUGAAGGGAUAUUUAAACAUGUGCAUUAAAAAAAGUUCAUUUUCAUAUAAUAAGAUAUGAAAUGUACAUGUAAAAUUAAAAUAUUGAUCAGUGUCUUCAUAAAAGAAGAUUAUAUCUAUAUUCUUGAAGUUAAUUUUGGUUUCACAUGACAUUUAAAGCAUUUUACAUCAAUCUAAAUAAAUAAAUAAAUGCAUAAGUUUGUUGUGUAAAAUUAAGUGUAUAAUUCUAAAGUACACUUUCUCAGACUUUAUUGUCUGAGAACUGUCAUGAUGACGAAGACUCUGGCAUUUUAUCUCUCACCAAUCACAACAAUAUUUCCACUCAGAGAGUAAAAAACAAACAUCUUAAUGGGUCAGCGUGUCUCGGUUCGGUGUGAGUGUCGCAGGCUGGACUGAGCUGCAGCAGAGGCGGCAGCAGCAGCAGCAGCAGCAGCAGCAGCAUCCACCCGGUGAGGUCAGAUCAGCCCGGCGGGCGGCGCAUUGCUACCUGGCUGCGAUCCUGCACGGCUUUUCCACACUGGAGUUUGAGAAGUGCCCUGGACUUCCUGGUACGGGACCAUGGACGUUUUCAGCUCCAGUUCGGCCGGAGCAAUACCUGCAGCGAUGUGAUUCGCGAGGACCCGUCGAGUUGAGAGCAAGGUCAUGAGUGCCUCUAGGAAAUACCCAGUGGAUUAUAACCUCACCUGUCCAAAGCCCCGCCCUACCUGGGCCUCGCCCUGCCCCCCACCCCCGGACUCCCACCAUGACGUCUGAUACCGAGCAGGAUGCGGCGGUGAAACUUGACCAGGAGCGGGCUGAGAUAGUCGCCAAAUAUGACAAGGGUAAAGAGGCCGUCGUGGAGCCGUGGGAGGACACAAACUUCCACCUGUACAAAGUCAUCGACCGCUUUGGCUUCGUCCAUGAGAAUGAACUCCCGUCCUACGACUCCGUGGAGGAGAAGCAAAAACACACGGAGGUGGAGAGGACCUCCAAAUGGCUGAAGAUGCUGAAGAGCUGGGACAAAUACAAGAACAGCGAGAAGCUGGUCAGGAGGAUCUAUAAGGGAAUUCCCCUGCAGCUCCGAGGGGAGGUGUGGUGCCUGCUGCUCGACGUUCCCAAGAUCAAGGAGGAGAAGAAAGACUUCUACGAGAAACUAAAGGCCCGAGCCAGAGGAGUCUCCCCGGACAUCCGUCAGAUCGACUUGGACGUGAACCGGACCUACAGGGACCACAUCAUGUUCAUGCACCGCUACGAUGUCAAGCAGCAGGCUCUCUUCCACGUCCUCACAGCCUACUCCAUGUACAACACGGAGGUGGGCUACUGCCAGGGCAUGAGUCAGAUCACAGCUCUGCUGCUCAUCUACAUGAAUGAAGAGGACGCCUUCUGGGCGCUGGUCCGACUGCUGUCUGGGCAGAAGCACGCCAUGCACGGGUUUUUCGUCCCCGGCUUCCCAAAGCUGAUGCGUUUCCAGGAGCACCACGAUCGAAUCCUGAAGAAGAUGAUGCCCAAACUGAAGCAGCACCUGGACAGCCAAGAGGUGUUUACCAGCCUCUACACCAUGAAGUGGUUCUUCCAGUGCUUCCUGGACAGAACUCCCUUCACCCUCACCCUCAGGAUCUGGGACAUCUACAUCUUGGAGGGUGAGAGAUUGCUGCCUGCCAUGUCCUACACCAUCCUCAAACUGCACAAGAAGCACCUGAUGAAGUUGUCCAUGGAGGACCUGGUGGAGUUUCUGCAGGCGUCACUGUCCAAAGAUUUCUUCUUCGAGGACGACUUUGUGAUCGAGCAGCUUCAGGCGUCCAUGACGGAGCUCAGGAGGGCGAAGCUGGAACUGCCUGCACCAGGUAAAGAGGAUGAGUUUCCCAAGAAGCCUCUCGGGCAGCUUCCUCCUGAGCUGGCAGCAGCAGCAGCAGCGAAUCACGUGGCCAACGGUCAGAGCCAUGCCGAGCCAGCCGAGCCUCCCAGGGAACCGAGUCCUGUACCAGACCGUCAGCGGGACAGUCGGCCCCCGAGCCGGUCACGCCGGGACUCGCUGGAGAAACAUAUCCGCCACCACAAGGCUGAAAGGAAGGACGUUCGCUCCAGAGGAUCAGGGGAGAUCCCCAACGAGCAGCGAAAGCAGUCAGCCUCAACUACGCCUGAGAGGGGGACGACACCAACCUCGGCCCCCAUCUCUACACCACAACACAUCAUGGUGGAUAGAAGGAAGCCUCAGAGCCACGCAACCGCCAACCACAACUCCAACGCAGCCUCCAGCUCUCACAAGGAGAUCACUCCCCGCUGGUUCAAACCCUCCGAGACUAAGCUGGAAGCAGCCAAAGCCGCGGCAGCCCGGGAAGUCAGGCUGAGCCGAGGAGCAUCGCCAGCCCCUUCCAGUCCAGAAGACAGUGCUCUGAACCACCGGCGGCCUCGCUCCAAGGGCUUCAUCCCCGGUGCUGACCGAGGCUCCAACGCCUCCCAGUACGACAACGUUCCAGGGCUGCCAGAGCAGGAAAUCGAGAUCCUGGAGCUUGAGAGACCUCCGUCCAGAAUGAGGACCCCUCGCAGUGAUACACCCUUCAGUAUAUCAUCCCUCCAUCAGGGCAGCCCCAGCUGUGGACCAAGUCUGGCUGGGAGCGUCGUGUCCAUCCCAUCAGGGCAAAGGAUGGCCAAACAUCCACUUCCUCAUCCGUUUUCCCACAACAGUCCAGCAGGAGUCCAGGCUGGCUACCCUGGCAGCCAGAGCCAGUACCACACGCCUCCUCAGCAGCAGUCCCCCGGCAGAGCUACAACAGAGGUCCCCAUCUUCCAUCCCGCCUACAGUGUGAGCCUGGACCACCGAGGAGAGGACAGACUCUACGGUCCGCCCGCCAGAUUCACCCCACCAUCCAGUGUGGCGUACGGGGAACGAGCGUACGCCACCACCCAGCGGCAGCCCAACAGCCUUUCCCCAGAGAAGGCUCUCAUGAACAACUCCUACACCACCUAUCGCAGGCAGCCGCCACCUAGCUCCACCCACAACCCCCGUAACGCCAGGCCCCCCCCGGAGCACUCCCUGCAGCUGGAAUCCCAGGGGAGCUCCACCCCAAUCUACCUGCAACAGCUCACCUCCACCGCACAGGUCUAUGCUCCGGUGGACUACAGGUUCGAGGGCCAUCGGAGAGCCGAGGCGAACCCGCACUACCUACCAGAAAGCGGGUCUCGGCGGCCCGUAGAGGUGAUCCCAUGGGCGGACGAUGACCUGCCCCCUCAAUCCCCUGGUGGGAUGCCCCGCUCGCCCAGCUUCCAGCGAGCCCAAAUGUCUCCGGUUCAGGAGUUCACUUUUCCAGACAACCCAGACAGCCUGCAUCACUACAGGACACAGUUCCAGGAGCAGCAGCCUGUCAUGAGGCAACAGCUCCCCCAGCUGUUUGGAGGACCACACUACAGGCACGCACAGGAGGCGUUUGCCAUGCAGGAGUCCAUGCUGCUGUGAUCGGACAAUAAAGAAAUGGCGAGACACUGUAAUAAACUGAGUGUAGUCACCAACACUGUGGUAAAGACGAGCAGUAGUCCUAGCUUUGUUAGGUACCGGGUUUUGUUUCUGCUCACUUGUUCUUUAUGUGUGAAGUACUGACCUUCUGACUGUCUCGCUGCAUCGUAAUGUUGCAGGACACACCAGCCUCUGACGUUUUUACUGAUCACUUUAAAAAGAGAAAAAAAAAAACUGACUGAAGAUUUUAUUUUAUUUUUGGAUGUAAAUCAUUAACGAGAGGUGACAGUAUAUAUCUUUUAGAGUCUGAUAUGUACAGUGGAUGUUUUUGUUAAUAUGCUGAGUUGUUAUCAUUAGCAGGGGAGCGUUCUCCUGAGAGAGUAAAACUCCGACUUAUUUUCCAUCUUUAUUUUUUUAUAUGUUACUUGCAGAUAUUUACAUUAGAGAUCGAUUUACUCUAUAUGCUUGUGAAUGUUAUUUUUCAAACAGACAAAAUAAUAUUAUGUCCAAUGAUAGAAUUAGAGAGCAGUGAUGAACGGAUCACUGUGAGUUUUGAUUUCAAUUUUGAAGCGCCUCCACUGUAGAAAGAGCAGAGUUUGUUGUUUAUUUUCUAGUUUUCAGUUACAGGGAUUAUUUUCAGUCCAGAUUAACUGAUGUGCAAUUCAUUUCUCUCACACGUGAAGUACAAUUGAUCUCUUUCACACGUGAAGUACAGUACAUUGGGUAUUUACAUGUAUUUGAAGCCAGUGUAGUUAUUAAAAUCCAACCCUGAUUAGAGACACAAGACAUAGAGCUAAUUUGUGAGGGCUAAUAAUAUAUAUAUUUUUAUGUUUGAUGGCUUGUAACCAUUGGUAACUUGUUUUUUUAAUUGCUUUACUGUUGUUACCACAUCAUGAGCACAUGCAGCCAGAGAUGGAUGUGAACUAGUUUCAGAACAAGUUUGCUUUACAUCAUUAUGUCUUAUUAUUCUCAACACUGUCAUAUCAACUACUGUUCAGCUGCUGGCACUUCCACUGGCAUACAGAGUCAUCUGGCACACACACACACACACACACACACACACAUUUUGCACACACUACAUAUCACAGAUGUGUGAGUCACACAUUUCAACAUUUAAAAUCGUUCUAAUUAUUCUUCAUACUCCGGUUUUGACACAGUUACUCUCCAACAGUAUUGCUGUACUGUUCAUUACAUUCCUUAAGUUAUCUUUGUUUUUGUUUUUUGUUAAAACGGACUAAUUGCAGACCAUUCUGAUACUUUGCUUAAUAAAAUGAGGUGGGGUGAAAAUGAA